AUGAAAUUGGAAUUUCUUAUUAUUCUGUGCAUGUUAGAAAAAAUUAAAAGCAAUGAACAAAGUAACUUUCUUAUUGAUUACUUUGUUUUCAAAAACGUCCCAUAUGUCGUUGGAUUUUCGUGUUACAAUAUCGAAGAAAAACUGACACUGUCAAAACGAUUCAAUAGAUUGGGAAUUAGAACUUCGUUUCAUUAUUUAGACAGUGGCUCUCAAAUGUUUUAUUUAAUAAAUUCAAAAUACUGGAAAAUAGGAGUUUUUAUUGAUAUCAGUUGUAUUGGAGGAAAUAAACUGCAUUCCUUUUUAUCGAAAGUGGCUGCGUGGCAAUUAUAUGGUGAAAUGCAUAGUUGGUUGAUUUUUACUGACAGAGACUUGUCGAAAGCUAUUGCUCAGCUUGAUGAAUCUGGUUUCGGAAUGUCUACCGAUUUGGUAGUCGCAGUACCAAUUUUAGGCGGCUAUGAACUAUUUGAUGUGUAUAAUCCGUGGAAAGAAGGUGACGCUAAGAUAAACAUAACACGUCUAGGUAGUUGGAUUCAAAGCACCAAUCUUAAUAUAACUCUAAAUCAAAGCAAGUUCAGAAGAAGAUGUAAUCUACACAGAAUUACGAUGAAGUCUUCAUUUUUUGGAAGUAAAUAUAGGCCCAAGAAUAUGUCUCUCGAGGAGUAUUUGCAAGACUAUUCAACACUUUCGAAAGACGGUUUGUCCAAAUUUGGCUACAUUAUGUUGAAACACCUCUCGGAAAUGUACAAUUUUACAUUUCGUUUUGGAGAAGUAGAAACAUGGUUGCCAGGAGAUUCGAUUGGUCCGCUUUCGCGUGCACUUCUGGACAACGAAAUACAGAUUACAGGUAGUCCAGUUGUUAUAACGCAUGAACGAUUACGGUUAACCAAAUUCGUGUACCCAGCAUGGCCGUUUAGAACGUGCUUUAUUUUUCGCAAUCCACAAGCGAAAGACAUUAAAAUAGGCGAAGUUCUUCAUCCGUUUGCCGAUGAAAGUUGGUAUGCAACCCUCAUUGCUCUGAUGACAAUAUUUAUCAUUUUAGCGGUAUCUCUUAAGCAAGAAAGUUACGUGAUCUCAGCGAAUAUUUUGUCCAAUGCGUUUCUAAUAACCGUAGGCUGUAUGUGUCAACAAAGUACGCAUUAUAAUCUGAAUAGAAUAUCCACUCGCAUCGUAUUCAUUCAUUUGAUGAUAUUCAGCAUUUUAACGUACACUUACUACUCUGCAAGCAUAGUUUCAACGAGAUUGAAUGAGCCUAUUUUGAAAAUCAACGAUUCGCUGAAUGAGCUUGGAAAACUUGAGCUCAAAAUGGCUUCCGAGCCAAUGAUUUAUUUCAAUUUUAUUUUCAAUCGAGUGACUGCGUGGGACAAAAAAGUAUUCGUUGAAGAUAAAUGGAUGAAGAUCCCUGAGCCUGAACAAUUCAUGUACCCUGAAAAAGCUAUGACUUUGGUUCGCAAAGGUGGCUUUGCAUAUCAUACACAUCCAGACGUCAGUUACCCUAUUAUUGAUAAAACUUUUACUUUUCGAGAAAUUUGCGAACUUAUGGAAGUGCAUCCAGUGGCUCCCGCGUAUUCAACUUUAUCCGUUAACUAUAACAGCACUUUCGUCGAGCUGACUAAAAUUGGGUUAUCACGAAUGACAGAAGUUGGUAUACGAAGUCGUCAGGUAGAACGAUGGACUUCGAAGAAACCAAUCUGCCGACAAGAUGUAAUAAACGUUUCCAGUACGGAUAUUUAUGAAUUUGCACCUCAUCUCAUUCUUCUUGUUAUUGGAAUGAUAAUGGCCGCAACCAUUUUCGUUUGUGAAUUUGUUUUUGAUAACUACUGGAACUAUCAGGACAGGUGUGAAAAUAAAUACUGUGGAUCAUCUAAAAGUAAUAUUUCUACGACACAUUCUCUGUUGCUGAUGCUAUGCAACACGAACAAAUGAAAAAAGUAUUAGAUCAGGGGCAGUCGAUUGGAACAACUUCAAAAAAUACUAAACACUGUGUAAUAUGACAAUUUUUGUACGGAUAAGAAAUAUUACAGUUUACUAAGGUUGAUGAUUUACUACUGGCGUUCAAGAGCUAGUGAUUGAUAUUUCAUGACUUUUUAACUGUUCUUUUCAAAAGAAUAUUUUCAAAUAUAACUAAUACAAUUGUAUAUAUGUCCGGAAAUCUUCAAGUUGUAUCUGUUAUGAAAUCUGUAUAAAACAAUCGUUAAUAAAUUGAAAAAUUACA